CACUGUCCAAAAUUUCUCAUGUGUUCAAUCAGCCAAUCUGUUCUCGCGACAACGUUGAUUUUAAAACCCGUUAAAGCCUAUGCAAAACGUUCAGUUUGGCUAGCCUGCGACGCGAACAGUUAACCUCGCUUCUUUCGGAGGCCAGUGGCCAGCAGCGACGAGCGCGACAAACCAAUCGCUGCUCGCACCACGACACACCCUUUCAAUGCUCGUCGCGUUUAUUUUUGAGACAAUCCUAGCGAGGUAGUGACUAAUAAAAAAUACGUUUUACGUUUAUCUCAUUGUCGACAUCGGCCAAUAAGAUUUUGAUGUUCGUCGGCCUAUAACCAAUUUAAAUUGCAACAGUAUGACAGAGCAGCAAAUGGAUUGUGCAUUAGACCUGAUGCGGAGAUUACCUCCGCAACAAAUUGAAAAAAACCUCAGCGACCUGAUCGACUUGGUUCCUUUGUUAUGUGAGGAUCUACUGUCCUCCGUAGAUCAACCGUUAAAGAUUGCUAAGGAUAAGGAAUCUGGCAAGGACUAUCUAUUGUGUGACUACAAUAGAGAUGGAGAUUCAUAUAGGUCUCCUUGGAGCAAUACUUACGAUCCACCGUUAGAGGAUGGCUCAAUGCCUUCUGAGCGAUUGAGGAAACUGGAAAUAGAUGCCAAUCAUGCCUUUGAUCAAUAUCGAGAGCUCUAUUUCGAAGGUGGAGUCUCGUCGGUGUACUUGUGGGAUUUGGAUCAUGGUUUUGCGGCAGUAAUUCUCAUCAAGAAGGCUGGCGAUGGUUCUAAAAAGAUCAAAGGCUGUUGGGACUCGAUACACGUGGUGGAGGUACAGGAGAAAUCAACUGGUCGUACUGCACAUUAUAAACUCACAUCAACAGCCAUGCUGUGGCUGCAGACCAACAAGCAUGGUUCUGGUACAAUGAAUUUGGGUGGCAGUUUGACGCGUCAGGUAGAACAAGACGCUCAGAUCAGCGAAACAUCUCCUCAUAUCGCAAACAUCGGCAGAAUGGUGGAAGACAUGGAGAAUAAAAUUCGUAACACGUUAAACGAGAUCUACUUCGGCAAAACGAAGGAUAUUGUGAAUGGGCUGCGGUCGGUGCAAUCUUUGGCUGAUCAAAGACAGCAGGCCGCGCUCAGGCAAGAUCUUGCAGCAGCACUCCAGAGGCGAAAUGCCAACAAUUGAUCUUGCGAAGAGCAGGAAAGUUUCGAUUACGAUUACGAAUAGAUUUUAUGGUAUUUUUGGAUCCUUUCAUCUUGCUUGGGAUCUUUCGAUUUUCAUAGGCGUCUUUAUAUUUUUGGAAUCCAUGGAAUUUUGGAUUCUUGAAAAGUUCUAAAUUUUUUGCGGCGGUCUUCGAGUUCUUUAUCCGAUAAGUCUUAAGAUCUUGUUGGACUCUUGGGAAUUUUAAAUGCUAUGACUUGGACCUUUUCCAAGUCAAACCGUAUCUAUAGAACUCGUAAAAUUCUUCGAAUCAUUGUCUACAUUAUUGAAAAUGAUACUUCUUACUGUACUUUGUUGUCCUAAAGAGAUACGAAUCAAUCAUGAACGCGUUGAUUAAACCUAAACAGUAUGAAAUACCUUGUUUAAUUUAGAAUGAAAUAGAGUUUAUUGUAAAUAUGCGGGAAAGGUGCAACGCGUUUUAGAACGGUAAAUUAGAUAAAGAACAAUGUAAAAUGCAAAAGAGAGUGAAUUAUAAUAUAGUUAACGCUUACUAUGUAAAAGCCCAAAAAAAGAAAAUACAUUUAACAGUUCUCUCUUUUGAUUUGUAUUAAGUUUGAUAAAUGGUGAUUGCA